UACACCGCGGCGUAUGCGUAAUAUCCAAGUUCAUUCAGCCCAAUUAUGCAGCCAAUCAAUAGGCAAAACUUAAAUUGAUCGCACACAAAUUGCGAUAAAUGGAACUUCAACUUCAACUCCAAUUCGAACCUCAACUUGACCAUCAAUCGUUGUGCCAACACUUACAUCAUUACGAUUGACAGCGCACGAACUCUAAGAGAUGGCAACGACAUCAAAAACGACAGCGGCAACAGGGCGUAUGAGUGUUUUAGCAUUAAUUUCAUUUGUGCUUCUCUGCCUGGGCGUGGCAGACGCCAGUAAUGAGCAUGGCAGCGGCAGCAUCAGCAGCGUCACUGGAAAGCCUUCACUGCUGCGAACUGAACUGCGUUUUGGACGCAAUCUGGAUCCGUCCAAGGUGCGUGUGGUGAGUGUCAAGGGCAGCCAAGGCGAUGAUGUGGAGAUUCUGGUGGGCAAAAACAGUCGCAAGGCACGCGCCGAGGAGGCAGCUGGUUCAUUCUUUGUGCGCAGCUCGGAUGUGAAGCGACCAGUGAUCCAGGCCAAGAGCACCGGGCGGCAGCUGAGCUUUGAGCAUACGCCGGCGCUGCUGAAGCAAAUCGAGCUGGCCCAGCAGCAGCAGGAUUAUCGCCAACGCAGGGCAGAGGCAGAGCAACGUCAGGCCAAGUUCAUACAGCUGCAGUUGGCCAAGGCACAGAGCAAGGUGUUGGAGCAGCAGGCAUUGGACAUCGGCUCACGACGUGGACGACAGCUGGGGGAAGGAGCUGCCUGGCAGCCAGUCUAUUUCCCCGGCCAGUCAACAGCACGGAACAACAACAACAACAACAACAACUUCUCCUUUGCCAUGGAUCGCCAGUGGCAACCCUACUCCUACGCUAGCUCCGUGGAAUCACAGCCUCGUGUACUGCGUCAGGCGCAGACUAAUCCAAUUGGUUACCCCGGUGACAUGCAGUAUGCUGCCUCCGAGCCGAUGGAGUACUUCAACCGAGAUACACGUGCCUAUCCGCGCAAUGGUGCUGGAAACAGAUCCCGUCCGCCCCAGAAUCUGAUCACCAAACACAACUACAACUCUCUGCCACAGAAGUCGAAAUUUGUGACAUACAUGCCACACUCUGUGGUGGUGACUGCCAGUGCUGGAGUUGUCACACCCUCGGCCACGCCCACACGUCGCCCAGUUCAGGCCAAUCCACAUCGCAAUCCCAUUGGCCAGAGCACGCACAGCGUUGUCGACGGUCCAGCGGUGACUCUGAUCGAGGGAGUUCGUGUGCCCGACAAUGCCGAGGACAAGGUGAAGACCUGGCGCAAUGCGAGGGUGCUCAACAAUCAGCUGGUGCCAUAUCCCGACGGUUACACGCCGCCCCGUGUCCAGAUGCCCAGCUUCGACAGAUAGACGAGAUUGAACUCUAUCCAUUCCACGCAUACUUAUACUAUAUCUAUAUCUACUAUAUUUAUUGUUUUGUUUAAUUGUUAAGUUAUUUAUACCUAUGUAAAUGUUGCACUAAAACUUUACGUCAUGAA